AUGUACUAUAAUAAUAACUGGGGCGGCUGUGGGGCCGGAGGCAGUGUCAAAAGGCAAUUUGGGUUUGAAACCAGGCCUGAAGCUACCAAACCAACAUCUACCGGGGUUUCGUCUCUGGAAGAACUGCCAUAUAGAACCAAGGUUGCCGCCGGGGAAACAGCAGAAUAUGGGUCGUUGGUGAACUGGGGGGCAAUGAACCAAAUAUGGAAGCUCUCGACCGAUAACCGAGUAGGGCAACGCACUUUCGAGGACAGAAGCAUGCAAAAUCGACCUGCCGGACAAGAAGAUGAAUGCAAAAGAGUGGUGGGAGAGAGCGAGCAUAAAACGGGCUUCGAGCUACGACGUCUGCGUGAGCCAGAGAUGCAGAUGGCAGGUCCAGUAUGGUACACGUACCCCGUAAUAAAACGCAUCCCCCGGUCCUGGAGGGAUGAUUGUAUUUUACCAGUGAUUAGUAAUAGGCUCUUUGAUAUCAGACGGGGUAAAUUCGAUGAUCAGUGUCCAAGAUACGGAUGA